AGCUUUUGUUUGAGCUGACCAGCGGUGCCUGUCUGGAGUCCUGAAUAGGAUCAAAUCCUGCAACCAGACACACGCACACAAGCACACACAAGCGCGCAGGAGCGCGCGUCCGAGCUUGCCCCGAUGCCAGGGCUGCUGCAGGGUGGCUCGUCUCUCCCGAAUCCUCACUCCAGAGCCCUGGGGGUCUGGUGCCCCCUGACCCCAGGCACCUGCAUGAAGCUCUUGGUGCUCUUGGUUUCUAACCUCCUGGCAUUUAGAGUGGGUGAGACGGGGUCGGAUGCUCUGGAGAAGUUGUCCGUGCUGGCUCCGGGAGCUCUCAGCAUGAAGGAGACCUUCCUGGUGCUCUCUCUGCACAACAAACUGAGGAGCAAAGUACAGCCCCCUGCCGCCAACAUGCAGAAGCUGGAGUGGAGCGAGGAACUGGGGCGGCUGGCGGGGGCGCGGGCAGCCAGCUGUCUGGAGGGCCCCGCUCCCCCGCCAGCCCCGCAGCUGGGCUGGAGCGAGGCCCUGCUGCCAGCGGGCGCCGGGGGCUUCGGGGCCGUUCUGGAGCGCUGGUUCGCUGAGGGCCAACAUUACGACUACGGGACGGGGCGCUGCGCCAGCAAUGCCACCUGCCGCCAUUACACCCAGCUGGUGUGGGCCACGGCGGGGCGGCUGGGCUGCGGCCGGCAGCUCUGCGCCGGCGGCCACGGCCCCAGCGAGGCCUUCGCCUGCGCCUACUCCCCGGGGGGCAACUGGGAGGUGGCGGGGACGCCUGUCCUGCCCUACAAACAGGGGCCCUGGUGCUCCCUCUGCACCGCUGGCCUCUCCGGCUGCUUCAAGUCCUGGGACCACGGCGGUGGGCUCUGCGAGGUGCCCAGGAACCCCUGUCGCAUGAGCUGCAGGAACAGCGGGCACCUCGACAUGAGCAGCUGCCAGUGCAUCUGUCCCCCCGGCUACACGGGCAGGUACUGCCAAGUGAGGUGCAGUGGGCAGUGCCUGCACGGGAAGUUCAGGAAGGAGGAGUGCUCCUGCCUCUGUGAUGUGGGCUACGGUGGAGCUGAGUGCGGCACGAAGAUUCGGUUCCCUUUCCACGCCUGCGACGUGAGGAUAGACGACGAUUGCUUCAUGGUGUCCCCCGAGGCCAAUACCUACUAUGGAGCCAAAAUAAAGUGCCAGGAGAAAGGGGCGAUGCUGGCCCAGAUCAGAAACCAGAAGGUCCAGGACAUCCUGUCUUUCUACCUCAGCCGCUUGGAGACUGGUAACAGGGUAACAGACACUGAUUUCGAGACCGGGAACUUCUGGAUCGGUCUCACCUACAAGACAUCCAAGGCUUCCUUCCGCUGGGAUGUGGGCGAGCCAUCCUCCUUCACCAGCUUCGCUUUCGGGCAGCCAGACAACCAGGGGUUCGGGAACUGUGUGGAAAUGCAAGCAUCGGCCGCCUUCAACUGGAACGACCAGCGCUGCAAGACCCGAAACCGGUACAUCUGCCAGUUUGCCCAGGAGCACAUCUCCCUGUGGCAGCAGGACCCCUGAGCCAGCAGCCCUGGCCACCGGCCAGUGCUGGCUGCUGUGCCGAGCCCGUGGCACAGGAGGACUCCAUUGCCGUGUCAAGCCCAGAGCAUGGCUCAGGAGGACCCCCCCCACGACUCCCCCACUCAGGGGACAGGGGGCUGAGGCGACCCACAGCGCCAGGACCUGGUGAGAAGGGCACAUGCUCUACAUCAGCAUCCCCAAAACAGCGUCCUCUUCUGCCCCUCACCUUCCUCUGUCACCAUCACGCUGUGACAGCCCCCCAGAGCAGGGAGAUGCCCCUGCAGCAGCCAGGUCCAACAGCAUCCUUCUCCUAAACUGGCAGCUGGGCUGUGUCUGGACCAUGGUCCCGAUGCAAUGAGGGGCUGAGGGGGGCAUCUGGGGAGCACAGACCUUGGCAUGGCUCAGGGUAAGGACUCUGCUCAGCUCUGAGCCAUCGUCCCAACCUGGGUGGGAACCCCUGAGCCUGGCACUGCGGGUUCCUCACCAUCACCUGGGUCUUCAUCAUCACCCAGUUCCUCACCAUCACUCAGUCCCUCACCAUCUGCCGGGUGGUUAAUAAA